AUGGAUUCUUCUAAUAGCAAUGGCUAUGAUAUCGACAAGGUCAAGAAUGUCGUUGACACUGUAAUCGAGAAGCUACACACUCAAUUGCGCGAAGUCAACCGGCAGAUAUGGUCUAAUCCAGAACUUGCAUACCAAGAGCACCACGCUCAUGACACAAUUUGCAUGUUCCUCGAAAACCAAGGCUUUGGGGUGACACGUCAUGCAUACGGCCUCGAAACUUCCUUCGAAGCUCGCAGCAGUGGCGGAGCCAGCUCAGAGGAGGGACCUCUGAUAAAUUUCAACGCUGAAUAUGAUGCUUUACCUGAUAUUGGCCAUGCCUGCGGCCACAAUCUGAUCGCAACAAGCAGCAUUGUCGCGUUUUUAGCUCUGUCAGCUGUGCUAAAGGAAUUCGGAAUUCCGGGGAGAACGCAGUUGUUGGGGACUCCAGCGGAAGAAAAUGGCGGCGGAAAAGCAAAGCUCAUUGAGAAUGGGGCAUACAAGGGUGUUGAUAUUUCCCUGAUGGCUCAUGGGGGGCCAUCUUUAAUGGGAGACGGUAUUGCUGGUGUUUUAUUCAACGCCCGUAAGCAAAUCCACGUCGAAUUCACAGGCAAAAACGCACACGCGGGAGGAAAUCCAUGGGAGGGAAUAAACGCUCUUGAUGCACUGGUGGCAGCAUAUAAUAACAUUUCCGUCCUUCGUCAGCAAAUUCUUCCCGAGGAGCGUAUUCAUUGCGCAUUCCUCGAUACCCCCAAAGUAGCUAACGUCAUCCCGUCUCAUACAAAGGCAUAUUGGCAGGUGAGAAGUCCGACGCUAAAGGGACUGAACUCGCUCGUAACGCGUGUACGCAACUGCAUCGAUGCGGCAGCGUUGGCGACAGGGUGUGGAGUUGAGAUGGUUGAGUAUGCUACUCCAAUUAUAUCCACCCUUCUAGGCGAUUUAUACUUAUUGGGUGUUUUCUUUUACUGCAGGGACAGCUUGUACACCGACAUCAAAUUAAACGAGACGUUGUGUGGUCAGUAUCAAGCUCACAUGAGCCGCUACGACCGCAAUAUCACCAAGAGCAGUGACAAGGUCAUGACGGCCUCAUCAGAUAUCGGAAAUGUGAGCUACAUCGUACCUACCCUUCAUAGUAUAUUCACAAUCCGUGCACCGGAUGAGUCUUAUCCACACCAUCCGUCGUUUGCAGCUGCAGCUGGCACAGAAACAGCACACGAAGAGGCAUUGGUUGUUGGAAAAGCGCUAGCGCUGACUGGACUGGAUAUGGCCACGAAUAAAAAGCUCUUACAACAGGCCAGGGAGCAAUGGAAGCAGGAGAUAAGAGAUAAUUGA